AUGCCCGCUCACCGCUCCAACUCGUCCUCGAGUCUGACUCCGGCGGACAUCGAGGCGCGCCAGCAUGCCAUCAACAUGACGGACUCCCUGAGCAAGGGCCAGAUUCCGCACAAUGCCGAGCUCCACCACAUCCUCGACACCACCAAGCAGGCCCUGCAGCGCACCCAGGCCCGCGGUGUCCUCAGCCCCACCGGACAGUCGACCGCGCGCGACGCCCAGCGCUGGGUCGACGCCCUGCAGACGGUCAUCAACGAGAAGAACCCGGAUGAGGCCAUGCAGCGGGCCGCCUUCAGCGCGGCCAAGGCCGCCGAGGCGGCUUCGCUCGAUCCGCGCGCUCGCGCCGCGGCCAACAUGGCCGGCACCAUCGACGGCCGGGCCGCCCUGGCUUCCGUCACCCGCGGGCUCAACAACAUGGUCAGCCCGGCCGAGCGGGACUACUUCCGCUCGGUGGCUUCCAACCUGGUGCGCCAGCUGAUGACCUCCGGGGAUCUGCGCGCCUCGCUGGAGAAGCUGUCCAUGCUUCUGCUGGACAUCUUCAGCAACCGCGCCUCCCUCGGCCAGAUGGCCGGCCAGAGCCGCAUGACCUUCCUCACCGGGGAUUUGACCCCGCAGGAGCUGCAGAGCAUCGGCUUCCGCGCGCAGGAGCUCUUCCUGAGCAUCUCGCGCCAGCCGCAGACCCGCGCCGCCAUCCUCAGUCUCUUUGACUUGUAUGAUGAGCUGAAGCCGCGCUUUGCCCAGGCCGCCAGCGGGCUCAAGCGCACGGUUGAAACCGCCUCCGAGGUGACCCACUCGGCGGCCGGCGUCCCGCAGGGGGCCGUCACCUCGCAGCAGCUGACCGCCGAGGCGUACGCCGCCAGUGCCCGGCGCGAUGCGCAGGUCCUGCUGGAGCGCUUUGCCGGUGGGUACUCCCUCCGGCCGCUGUGGCAUGCGCUGAAGGAGCUCUCCGGGGCUCUGGAGGCCGACGCGGCCCUGCACACGGCCAUCCCCGGGGCUCGCAAUGACACGUCCAUCGGCGACUCCCUGUCUCUGACCCGGCGCUUCAUCGAGGCCUCGGUCACCGACCCGGCCUGGACCGACUCGCCGGUCUGGCUGGACGACUUCUCGGAGUAUGUGCGCCAGCAGCGCGUCCUGCUCCGGCCCUACAGCGGCCCGCUGCAGCGCGCCCUCACCGAGAUGAAUGGCUUUGUCAAUGCCAUCAAGACCGACCCGGCCACUCGUGAGCUGGCCGUCAGCAGUGAGCUUCUCCUGCAGAACCUCUUCCUGGACCCGGUCACCGGCCGUGCCACCUUCAAGCCGGAGGCCCUGCUGGAGGUGCGCAAGCUCGUGGUCCCGGUGAUCAUGCAGCUUCUCAACUGGGUGGCCCUGCCCCGGAUUGAGACCGACCCGAAUGACCCGGACUCCAACAUGGACUUCGCCGUGGAGGGCAUCGUCUUCCGCGGGUCGGAGGUCCUGCCGGAGCAGAUCAUCGUCGAGAACAACACCCAGGCCGUGCUGGACACCUCGUUCGAUGGGUCCGGCGAGCGGGAUGCCAUCCAGUCGCGCGUGUACCUGGCCGUCAAGGACAUCCGCGCCCAGCUGGAGGGCAUCAAGUUCAAGUAUGCCCGCCACAAGUUCCCCAAGCUCCAUGAUGAGGGUACCCUCGACCUGGAGCUCGGCGGCGAUGGCAUGCGCAUCGAGGUCUACCUGGACAUCAACACCGAUGACAUUGAGGCCAACCGCGCGCGGAACCUCGGUGCCCCGGACAACCGUGCCCUCCCCUCGGGCACUUGGAAGUCCGGCCCGACUCACCAUGGGCGCCGGUCGAUUGGGUCCCCUCGCCGGGGGGCGACCUCGCCCCGGACGACGGCGCCCGGCGACUGGGUCGACGAUCCGCUCUCCCCGCGCUAUACCUACCGCCAGGGUGUGGACGUUUUGUCGCACGUGCCCCACCGGUCGCCGCGCCAUGUCGGUGUCACGGCCACCAACCACCCGCUGUCGGACAACCCGCCGGCUUCGCCGCUGUCCCCGCGUCGGCGCAUCUCCCGCCGGGUGGGCGGCCUCAUGUCCCCGAGCAGCCCGGAGCCGAAUGCCUACCUGACCAGCCCGCCGGGCUCGCUGCGGUCUUCCGACCCGGCCACCCUGACCGCCGGGGAUUAUUACCACCGUGCGGCCAGCAGCCGCGUGGUUGGCAGUAGCAUUGGCACGGCCACCGAGGGCGGGCACUUCAUGCGUGCGCGCCUGGUCCGGUGCACGAUCGACUCGCUGCGCAUCCGUAACAUGCGCGGUGUCGAGCACCGUGCCCUCUAUGCCAUGGCCAAGCCGGUGCUCAACAGCGUGGUCAAGCGCCGCCUGGCCGAGUCCAUCGAGGAGGCCAUCGUCAAGGCCAUCGCCAAGCUGGACCUGACCCUGGUCAAGCUCCAGCACAAGGUGGCCGAGCGCAAGCUCGAGAUGUAUGACCAGAUCCAUGCCAAUGAGCAGCGCAAUGCCGUCGGCCUGGCCAUGGGCGGCACCGAGGCCGCGGUGGAGCGCCGCCGGGCCCUGGAGCAGGCUCCCUCCCCGCGCCGCGGUGGCCGGUAUGCCACCGGUGCCGACAUCGAGCGCGAGCUCGGCCGCCAGUGGGCCGGCGGCGAGGCUGCCAUGGUCGGCAGCCCGCCCAUCGGGCAUUUGCAUGCUCUGCCGGUUAGCCCCGGUGGCCGGCUGUCACGCCAGUUCAGCAAUGCCUCCAUCCGCAGUGGGGCCCUCUCGCCCACUGUCACCGAGCGCCAGGUCAACUAUCGGACCGUGACCAAUGCCAAGACCGGCCGUCCGGAGCGCGAGCGCGUCGAGACCAUCACCACCACCAUGGUCGAGCAGGUUCCCAGCCCGACCGGUGCCCAGCGGACCUUCAUCCCGGCAUCCAACUCGGCCUCCAUGCGCCUUCGCCGGUCGAGCGAGGACUUCUUCGCGUACGAGCGCGACGGCCUGUCGCCGCGUCCGCGCGCACGCAUGGCCACCCCGGCCCCGGCCAUGGCCAUGGCGGCGCCAGUGGCGGCCAAGCCGGCGCCCUUUGUCGCGGCCGGUGAUGCGGCGGCUCCCAUGUCGGACACCUGCUGCGUGCAGGAGGUCUUCCGCAGCCCGAGCGGCAAUCAGGUCGUCGAGACGGUCACCUGCUCGUCCAUCGGCCAUGCGCAUGGGCCUAACUGCCUGACCGCCAAGACGGCGGCCGGUGGCCUGGCGCGCGCGCCCAUCGCCCCGGCGCCGAUCGGCUCCUCCACCACCACCACCACCACCACCACCACGUCCUUCAGCCCGCGCACCGUGGCCUCCGGGUCCUUCAGCCCGCGCGCGGCUCCGGUGGCCGGCGCUUCCCCCCCGAUGAGCCCCCGCACCCUGGAGCGCAACCGCGCCAUCUCCGAGUCCACCGGCCAGCUGAUCAACACCGACUACAUGGACCCGCUGAACUACGAGAGCAUGGCCACCGUGUCGUACAUCACCUCGCCGUCGAACCCCUCGUCGCCGGUGCAGCACCGUGCCAGCCACUUCCCCCCUCGGUCGAGCAUGGCCGCCGGCGGCCGGAAGUCCGCCGCCUUUUCCGGCCAGCAGGAGGCGCGCCUGAUGCACAGCGUGCGCACAGAUGAGCCAGCCAUGCUGGGCCAGGACUCCUUCGUCACUUCGUAUGCCGAGUACAAGGACUCGCAGAUCAAGAAGAAGUCCUCGCGCGCGACCGGCGGCGGCGGUGGCAAGAGCGCCGCCUGGGGAGCCCCCGAGCCGCUGGCCGCCCCGCGCCACUUCGCCGACGAGGCGUCCCUCCCCUCGCAGUCGUACCAGGACUAUGCCGCUGAGGCAUACAGCUCGUCGUCUCCGAGCGCCGGUCGCUGGGCCGGGCGUUCCGCCGGUGCCGGCAUCCCGGCGCCCCCGCCGCCCCUGCCGCAGGCUUACUCCGGCAGUGGUGGCCGGGCCGCCUCGCUGGCCGGUGGCAAGGACAUGAGCUACGACUCGCCGGCCUCCUCCAUCCCCGGCAAGAAGAUGACCGGUCGCCAGAUGCAAGAGCGCUCGCAGAAGCUUUACGAGAGCCAGAUGCGCCGGCAGCAGCAGACCUUCGACUCGGGUAGCGGCGGCUUCGCGGCCAAGAAUGCGGGCUCCUCCGCCUCGGCCGCCGCCCCGUCCAACGGCUACACGCGGAACCUGUCCCCGUCGACCGCCAACUACUCGGCCAUGAACACGCCCGAGUCGACCGAGCAGUUUAGCAGCCAGGCGCCCAAGGCCCGGACCGCCGGGGGUGCCGCGCCCAGCAGCCUGUCCGCUCAGCAGACCGGCUCCAGCUCUGCCACCUCGGCCCAGGCGCCCCGCACCAUGACCUAUGCCGAGGCUGCCUCCUCCUCGAAGAACAUCAACAAGCCCCAGCAGCAGCAGCAGCAGCAGGCCUUCGGCAACUCGGCCGCCCGCAACAACAACACCAGCGGCGGUGGCCAGACCUUCGUCACCGAGGAGUCUUCGGAUAACUACCGCGCGUCGCGCUUCUCCAACGGCACCAUCGACAAUGAGAUCGAUGAGCUGAAGGCUGGCACCGGCGCCCGGCGCACCGGGGCUGCCCCGGCUGCCGCGGCGGCUGGUCUGUUCGCCGGCGGCCAGGGGGCCAUGAGCAACGCCCUUGGCGCCGUGACGGCCGGCAGCAUUCCUGGCGGUAGCCUCGGGGCCGCGGCCGCUCGGAGCACCCUCGGCUCCACGGCCAUGGCCGGUGGCCAGACGGCCAUGGGCAAUGCCCUCGGGACGGCCGGCCUGCCGGCGCAGAUGCUCGGCUCCACGGCCCCCCGUGCCGUGCAGGCCACCGCCGGGUCUCUGAUGUCUGGCGGAAACGCCGGCUCGGCGGCCAUGGCCGGCGGCCAGGUGGUCAUGAACGAUGCCAUCGGCGCCGCAACCUCCAACCUGCCGGGUGCCCUCGGCACCGCGGCCCGCGGCUUCAGCUCCGCUCCCGGGCAGAUGCUUGGGUCCAUGGCGGCGAAGAACACCGCCGGUGGUGCUGCCGCCACCUCGGCAAUGUCCGGCACCGCUGCCAAGACCGCCGCCCUGGACACCAUGGCCCAGGGUGCCGGUCAGGGCUUGACCUCCGGCCUGGACCAGCAUGCCUCGAACGUGGCCUCCUCGGCGGCCGGCUCCGCCACCCGCGGUCUUUUCAAGUGAGCCCUCGGGGUGUCUCUGUGACGACGACUCCGGUGUAACGCUCACCUGCCGCCGGCUCUUCUCUCUCUCGCCCCCUCUCCCUCCCUCUUCACAUUUUGUUGACGUCUGCGCGCAUUUGCGUGUGUCCCCUUGCAGAGAAGAAGGGGACGUUGUGUGCGCCUUGGGUGGCGAGGCGGCAGAAGCAGCAGGGACGGAAGACAGGGGCGGAAGUCAAGGAGAUGAGAGGGGUCUGACCCGCGUCGCGCCUCUCUCACUCCCAAUGUACAUGCGUGUACAGGGUCCCUGCAUCAUUUUGCCCGGACACUGUGCAAGCGGCUCCCCGGCUCCUCCUUUCCCUCUGCCUCCCUCGCCCCCUCGACCUCUCUGCCGCCCUCCUGACUUUCGCUGGGCGGAUUGCCGGCGCAAGGAAGGGUACAAGGCAAACACCCGCACUCUCCUGCCAAUACAUUCAUAUUGAGAUGAUAUCGUCUACACGCAGGUGGCG